GGGUGGCUUCAGUCCUGAGGGAGAGACAGGGAGACGUCACUUGUUUCAGGACAUCUGGUUUGGGUGGAUUAUGAACGGGUUUGGACACCAGCCUGCAUCCAGCCACCAGACCAGCCCCAUUCAGCACCACAGCGCCCAGGAGCUCCUGGACAUGGCCGUCUACUGUGACAACUACGGCGUCUACCAGCAGAACCUCCACCACCACCACUCGCAGAGGCCGCCGGCACACUCCUCCAGUUACGGCCUUGGUGACUAUACUUCCCCGUCCGCCAACCCCUACCUGUGGCUUAAUGGACCGGCCAUCAACUCCUCACCGUACCUUCCCGGGAACAACGGCUCGUCCUACAUGCAGCCCGGAUACGGGUCGAACCAGAGACAGUUCCUACCACCUCCAACAGGGUUCGGUGGAGCCGACCUGGGCUGGCUGUCCAUCUCCAGCCAACAGGAGCUCUUCAAGAUGGUCAGGCCGCCUUACUCCUACUCUGCCCUCAUUGCCAUGGCCAUCCAGAGCGCACAGGACAAGAAGCUGACCCUGAGCCAGAUUUAUCAUUAUGUGGCUGACAACUUUCCUUUUUAUAAGAAGAGCAAAGCAGGGUGGCAGAACUCAAUCCGACACAACUUGUCUCUAAAUGACUGCUUCAAAAAGGUAGCAAGGGAUGAAGACGACCCAGGAAAGGGGAACUACUGGACUCUGGACCCAAACUGUGAGAAGAUGUUCGACAACGGGAACUUCAGACGGAAAAGAAAAAGGAGAUCGGAUAUAAACAGCGCUCUCCCGGUGAAAUCAGAUGACGCUCCGCAUAAACUCUCCGACACCGCCAGCGUCCUGACACCCUCCCCACCCAGCUUUCACGGAUCCCCGGCCUCCACGGAUCCAAAGUCGUCGCCGCCUCCCUCCGUGGAGCACAGCCCCUGUCUCAGCAGCUUCGUGUCCGGCGUCAACUCAUUGCUGGCGGGCAGCGACGGCUCCGGGCACCCUGGGGGUAUGUCCCAGAGUAGGGAGAGCAUGUCGGGACUGGGCUCCUACUCUCCCCCCUUAUUUCCCCCUCUGAACUCUGAGAACAACAGAAUGAACUAUUAUACUUCAGCGCAGAACUUCAGCGUAAAUAACCUCAUAUACAGCCGGGAGGGAACAGAGGUCUAGACUUUUAGCUAGUUCUAUUAUAUGGGCUUCCAAAAGUACCAUAUUUGGAUAAAUAAACAAUUACACUGUUACGUUUGUUUCAAUAAUUAAAGUAUGGAAAUGCAUGCAUUUAUUAAAUAUGGAAACAUUUCGUGUUUAUUAACAACACAAACACCACGGCCUUCUAGAGCCGUUUCAAUUAUUUUAACAAAUACGAAUUUAUCAAACAUGCAUUUCACCAAAUAUGUCUUUACAUGUAUUUUAUUAACCCAAAAAGGGAUAAAACACCACAAUUCUCUAUUUAAUUAUUUAAUGGUUGCGCCCUGUGGAGUUUAACAAGUGCAACAUUUCAAUAAAUGGUUGUAUAAAUUAUAUACAGUUUGAAAUAAAUACAUAAUUUGUAAAAGUUUUUUUUUUCAAAUGUCAUAAAAUAUAUUUCUUUAAAUAAAAAGGACAUAGUUGAGUACUAUGGAGGCCCACUGAUGCCACAUUGCAAUAAAUAAAUAUUUAAGUGAUUUCAUGUGUGCACAAAAAAUUAGGAACAACUGCAUAAUUUAUACAUAUACUUGAACAAAUAUAUCUUAUUUGUUUUAUUAACAAAAAAAAAUCUCUUUUAACCAAUUCAUGAUCACAUCUUAUGGAUGUCCAAAAGAUUUCAUGAACAAUGACGGUUUAUGUUAAUUUAUGGCACACUGCAGAGAAAUCAUGAAAUAAUUAAAUAAAUAUUGCUAUAUUUUUUUCCGUUUUAAAAUAUGACUUAAAAAUGUAAUGAAUCUUCCGAACGGCAAUUAUAUUUUCAGUCAAUGAUAAAAUCUAAUAAGGAAAAACACAUGAACUUAUUUCCAAUUUUAUUUUACUUAACUUUACUUAGAUAAAUUGUUUGUUUUAUACAUGUUGGUACUACUUACCAUAAAAACCUUCACAUUUCUUAUGUAAAUACGGCACAUUUGGAUGACCUCAUUGCAGCUAACUUGAAUUAUUUUACUAUAUUACCUUUUAAUUCUAGUAAAACUACAUGCAAUUGUGUUAGGCAUGAUGGUGCAUAUUUCAGUUAUUUUAUUUCUGCUUUUUGGAUGUUAUUAUAGCAGCUCUUUUGGAGCAACCUUUGUCUUGGAAAUGAAGACAUCCUUGUACAGAAAUUAUUUUUGCACAUAAGAAAUAAGGCAGGACAUGUUUUAUUGGAUGCUUGAAUUAAAGUCGUUAUCUUCA